GAGUAAGGUGCUGACGGCACUUACCACAGCUGGUUCACUUCUUAUCUGACCAAUAGGGAGCAUUUCUGUUAUUUUGACGGAUCCAUUUCCAGCAAAAGCAGCAUUGAGUGCGGUAUUCCGCAGGGCUCGUGUUUGGGACCCUUACUCUUUAUACUAAACAUUAAUGAUUUUGAGAAUUGUCUAAAAAGCACGAUCCCAAAUAUAUAUGCUGAUGAUACAUGUGUGAAUAUCGCGUCAGAAAAUCUGAAUGAACUCCUAACAGAUUUGAAAAACGAGCUGGAAAAUAUAUCGAAUUGGAUAAGGAUUAACAAACUUAGCUUGAACACCAGCAAAAGUGAGUAUAUGGUUAUAGGCCAUCGGCGACAACUAAACAAAGUAGGUAAUGAUUUGCCAGACCUUGUCCUCGAAAAUGAAGUUAUAAAAAGGGUUGACAAAACAAAAUACUUGGGGAUCAACAUCGACGAAAGCCUUAAUUGGAGAGAGCAGUACAGAACUAUUAAAAACAAGCUGAAAGGGGGCUUGAGCUCCUUAAGAAAGUUGAACAACAUCCUUCCGCAAAGGAAACUUGAUCAAGUUCACAAAGCUCUCUUAAAAAGCCAUCUUCGCUAUGGCAACAUUGUUUGGAGUGCCCUCUCCAACACCAAACUAUCCCAACUGCAACGUUUACAGACAAGGGCAAAAAGGCUGAUAGCGAAUGCCAAGUAUAAGGACGGAUGAACUUGCAAAUGACUCACUGUAAAGCCCUUGAUCUCAUUUGACCAAGGAGUCAUGACAUAUAGAAUCUUGCAUGACCUCUUUCCCGAAAAUCUUCGCCAUAAAAUCACUGAAAAAUCCAUGGUUUCAGAGAAUAGAAACAGAACCCGUGGAGACCUGCAAAUUCCCAAAGUUAGGUUAGAGUAUGCAAAGCGAGGUUUCUAUUUCUCUGGUGUCAAAAACUGGAAUGAUAUCCCUAACAACAUUCGAGAAAAAGAAUCCAUCGCUCGUUUUAAAACAGGUAUUAAAGAGUAUCUUUCGAACCUUCCACAGGACCCAAACACAACCCCUUGGUAGAGCAGCAAUAUGCAAAUAGUUCUUUUUUUGCUGAAAGGAAUCUCGUGUAAAUAAAUAUUGAUUGAUUGAUCAGGCUUGACAGAGUUGAGAAGUUCAUCUUCAUUCAAUAAAAGUUCUUCUUCUUCUUGACAAAUUGCGGAUUGAAAGAUGCGCUCGAAAAACUGAGGAGGUUCUAGGAUGUGGAGGGUUUCAAUUCUUUGAAUAGCGGAUUGGAUCGUGUGACCGGAAGAAGUCUCACAUCAGAACGUAAUAAACUGUGCCGAAGGCGCUUCUAUAGCAUUAAUCUGUGCAAGCACCGUGACCUCGAUAUGGGGAAGAGUGCAAGCAAUUUUGUUAUCAUGAGACCUGUGCGGACCUUUGGUACAUAAUCGAAAUUACUACUCGCGGGCUAAAUACAUCAAGAAAAAAAUGGGUAUUGUGUCCGUGAUUGUCGUGUGUGUUCUAAUUAUAUCACUCAUUAUGGCAACAUUAAAGAAACUGUACAACUUCUUUUUUGGUAGCCGUUUAAGCUCAAAUAUCCCGAGUCCGCCGGCCUAUCCAUUCCUCCGCCAUGUACCAUAUUUUCUGCACGCUACAGAUUAUGACAAAAAAAUGCAAAAAUGGGAAGAAACCUACAAAAAGGAUGGACUUUUCAUGUUCGAUGUCUUACUAGGUCCAGAGAGGGUUUGUAUUUUGAGAGAGGAUUUUAUCAAGCAGGUUCUUGUAACAAAAUGUACAAAGUAUGGUAGACCAAAGGUGCUACAAAGUGUGUUUCCAAAGAUGGAAAAAGGUGUUUUUAUGGUUAAUGGUAAAGAACAUGCAUGGCAAAGGAAAAUGUUGAACCCUUCGUUCUCCUUUUCAUCUUUACUGUCAUUUGUGGAAAUCUUUGAUGCCAACACAAACAAUUUGAUAAAGUAUUGGAAAGACAAAGCUGAAAGCUCUUUUUCUGGAGUAGCUGAGGCAGACAUUCAUAGGGAUUUAAGCAAAUUAGCUUUGGAUACUAUAGGGGAGACAGCUUUUGGAUAUAAUUUCAAUACACUCAUUUCUGGAGAAAAUAAAGUCAGUCAGGCUGUAGAGCUCAUUUUGUCAGGAAAAAUGAGUGUGGUUUCAAGAGUAUUGAGAAAAUACAUACCAUUCUAUGACAUGAUUCCUUUCCAAGAAAAUGUCCAAUUGAAGGAAGCUGCAGAAGUUAUGAAUGAUUUUGUAAAUGAGAUUAUCAAGAAAAAGCGAGAAGCAUUGAAAAGUGGUGUAGAUCCGAAUGGUGUGGUAUCAAAAGAUUUGCUUGGUAAAAUGAUUCUAUUACAAGAUGAAGAGACAGGCAAAAGAUUAUCAGAUGAAGUGAUUGAAGCUCAAGUUCAUACCUUCAUGGUUGCUGGACAUGAAACGACAAGUGUUUGCCUCACAUGGACAUUGUAUCUUCUGGCAAAACAUCCUGAUGUUCAAGAGAAGGCCAGAAAAGAAGCUACAUCUAUUCUUGCUGGUACUGAUGUGUUCCAAGGGGAACACCUUGAGGGCCUUAAAUAUGUAACAGCUGUCAUAAAGGAAUCCCUUCGCAUCUAUCCCCCUGCAGCAAUCAAUAUGAGGGAAGCAUUGCAGGAUGAUCAACUUGGGGAAUACAGUAUCCCAAAGGGAACAUAUAUCCUGAUUCCUGUUUGUGCUAUUCAUCAUAUAGAGGAGUUUUGGCCAAAUCAUGAGAAGUUUAUGCCUGAAAGAUUUCUUGCUGAAGGCACAAAGCAACCUGAAAUGGGUAAUUACAAAUUCAUACCGUUCUCAAAUGGUCCUCGCAAUUGUAUUGGUUGGCGGUUUUCAAUGAUGGAAAUGAAAGUUGCCAUUGCAAAGCUACUGACUACAUUCAAGUUUGAACUGGACCCGAGACAAGAAGAGAUGCAUACCAACAUGGAGCUCACAUUAAAGCCCCAUCCAAAGCCGAUUUUAAGAGUUUCGCCCAUUGAUGAGUAAUUCCGAGGUGACAUUUUAUUUUUCUAUAAUGAACUGUCGUCACUGUUGCUAGCCCGCUCGGAUGUUUAGUUCAGUUGUCAUUUGUAUUAUCGAUUAUGCACGCGAAAUUUACACAUCAACGUGGAUUCAAAUAAACAUAGAAUUAUAUUUACACAGUAUCACUUUUAGAACAAUUUUUGACAGUAAACCUUUUUCCAGACAGGAAUGGUAGUAAGCCGGAACUUUUUUAACAUUUAGUUUGUAAGUUCCACGUUUUUAAUGUGCUUGCGCAUAAUGUAGUAUUCAAGUUAUUGUAUAUUUACUUGUUUAUAAAAAAAUGAUGAAGCCAAAUUUAAACAUCUUUGGUGAAAAGUUAUGCUUUUUAAGAGAAGGUGAGGCUUUUUAAUUUUUACUGGAAGCAAGCAAGCCUUUGAAUCAUUUGUCUGACUCUUGUCUUUGUUCCUCAUUUGUCAAUGUUCAGCAGUUCUAUUUUUCUAAUUAUCAACAGCAUUCCUCA